CGAACGGCACAAUGCAUGUCCUCUCAAGAAAGGGAGAAAACGCAACGAGCCACGUGGAGAAGAACACACGAAGAAGGUAGUAAUACACACCAUGGUCGGGAAAGAGGACGGCGAACGAAAGAGGUGGAAAGAAUUAUGAAGUUAGCAAUAAUAUUGGCAGUGUUGUGCUGCCUAGUAAUUGAAACAAUCUCAACACCGGUACCAAAAAUCUCAGCAGAGAAAACGUCGAAUCAGAACAUAAUUGAAAAUGGAAGACAGGCGGCAGCACAGCCACCAACAGUCAGCGAGGAUGAUGAUGAUGAUGAUGAUGAUGACGACGUCGAUUUCGAUAUCACGGGAGACGAUGACGACGAUGAUGAUGAUGACGAUGAUGAGGAUGACGAUUCCGAUUAUUUGGAACGUUUCAUCGAAGAUAUAUUAGGUGAAGAGGAUGAUGAUGACGACGACGAUGAUGAGAAUGAAUCGAUCCCGGUGGAAUCAAUUGCUCCAGUAGCAGCAGCACCAUCUCCACCGGCUCCUGCAAUUCCGGCGGCCGUAGAAGCCGAUUUGAAUGCUGCCCAGGAAGCGGAACACGCCGCGGAAGCUGCGGAAUCCGUGUCAAAUCCUAUCCACAUCCCUGUCGCAUCCACAAACGAGGCCGAGGACGACGAUGACGACGAUGACGAGGAUGACGUGGAUCUGGUAUACACCGAGGACGACGAUGACGAGGACGAGGAGGAUGACGAGGACGAGGACGAUGAGGACGACGCCAUCGCCGAUAUCACCGGUGCCAGGCAAGCACGUAUAAUGGAUUCACAACCAAAUAACGAUGUAUCAUCGAUUUAUGUGGCGAAAUAUAAUCGUUUCGUGGACAAUAUUUUAGGAAGAAUUAAUAAAAUCUUGCGUAGUAAUUACGACCCAGUUACUGUGAAAUUAACCAACGCAAGUGCUAAAACGAAAUCAAACAAACACAAAAACAAAAGUAAAACAAAGAAAAAUAACAAAAGUGGAACGAAGAAGAGCAAUUUCGGAAUAGUUGUGGUAUCCACAGAAAAAACCAUCCAAGAAAUUCCCGAAAUCACACAGAAAACAAUGGAAACCACUGAAAAUACAAUCAUCAAUCAAUCCGUUACAAAUAUUGAAAAAGAAGAGCCUAGCACUACUAUAUCUGAAUUUGCAAAUAUGGAAACUACUACAAACAGACAAGUAUUUAACUCAAGUAUCAAGAAAUCAAAAAAUAUGCAAAAUACAAAAUCUACAAACAAACGAGUAUCCAACUUAAUAAAUCAAACUAACAAGAAAUCGAACAAAACUCGUGGUGGAACAAAAAAUCAAAAAAAAAUAAACAAACAGAAUAACAACAACAAAAAUAAGACAAAAAAAAAUAAAAAACCAAAAGCAAAAGCUACACUUUAUGGACUUGCAAGUCUUAAAAGAUCAGGAGACGUGUCAGUAAACAUGAUGAGUGAUCAUACUAUGAUCAAAACGAUGUUUACUCUUGGUCCUCUUAUAUUAAAGGUCGAAAAGGAAUUUGGUAGGGCUGCAAAAAAAGAAUUGAGAAGCGCGACUGCAACUACUGCAGAAAUGUCAGGAAAAUUGAGUCUUCGAAUUCUUCAUGGUGGUGUUGCUACUCUUAAUUCCAUUCGAGUUUUACAACCUAAACAAGUACGAGUGGAGAGUGCAGAUGACCACGACAGAACGCGCGAAUUUGUCUGGAAGAGAUCAUCUCACAUUGCUCAUUUAGUCUCAGAAAAAUUAUCAUCCGCCACAAAAUCGAUGCUUCAACCACCACCUGUAGCAAUUGCCGCUUAAAUCUUCCUUCAUAUCGAUCGAUCUUAAUGAACUAUCUCGAUAAAA